CCCAAGCUGACGCCUUGUGCAGAACCCUGCCUCCACAACGACGAAACAGAAAACAAGCCAAAGGAUUAGUUAGACUAAAAGGUUUGAGUUGCAGUUAAAGAGACGGACCUGGACCGGAAGAUUUGAAGAAAGAGAUAAAACCCAGCGUGCACUUUGACUGAAUGGGAAGUGUUUUCUGGAUUCUGAUGACCAUGGAAGUAGCUUCUAGAGUUCUGUAUAUACGACUGAAUUCUGUCAGUACUAAACACCGGUAAUGUGGUAAAUUACCGCGUAUUGUUCGUUCACACAGAGUUAAAAAAGUCAGCGACUGUUGUUAUCGGCGUCAGCGGCGGACACGUUGCUUGGAAUCAAAGCAAGACACAAAGCAGUAGUAAGGACUCUGAGCCGAGUACACACUGUGUGUACUGAACGUAAGGAUCAGUAAUCUGGUCUAUGAACUGGACGCCGAAUCUCUGAAUUUAAACUGGAAUCAUCUCUUAACGAUAUAAUGCCUUCAAGUAAUCACCCUCGCGUGAAGCCCCUCAGAUUCUGAUGUGCAAGGGCUGCCGUCGCUGAGCAGAGCCGCAGAGCCCAGGGUGCGUCAGGGUGGGACCGUCGGCCGCGGCGCUUGUUUGACGUGGACGUUUACUCGGCGGUAUGGCAGGAAAAGACUACCAUCACCUCUUCAAACUGCUCAUCAUCGGCGACUCCAAUGUGGGGAAGAGCAGCUUACUUCUGAGAUUUGCAGAUAACUCCUUCUCUGGUAGCUAUAUAACCACUAUAGGCGUGGACUUUAAAAUUCGGACAGUGGAGAUUAACGGAGAACGAGUCAAACUCCAGAUCUGGGACACAGCCGGACAGGAGAGAUUCAGAACCAUCACUUCCACGUAUUACCGGAACACACAUGGAGUCAUCAUUGUUUACGAUGUUACUAAUCCCGAAUCAUUUGUUAACGUUAAACGGUGGUUGAACGAGAUCUCACAGAACUGUGACAACGUCUGUAAAAUAUUAGUUGGGAAUAAGAAUGAUGACCCGUCCAAGAGGCAAGUGGACACCCAGGACGCCAUGCGCUUUGGAGAGUCAGUGGGCGUGAGAGUGUUUGAGACCAGCGCGAAAGAAAACAUCAAUGUAGAAGAGAUGUUCAUGGCGUUUACCCACAUGGUCCUGCGAGCGAAGAAGCAGAGUCAGAGCCGAGCGGAGAAAGAACGCGAGCGGGAGAAGGACACGGUUAACAUUAACGCUCACCGGGACCGAGACCGGAGGAAGAGAAGCAAGAAAUGCUGCUGAACAGAGUAACCGGGACGCACGUAUAAACCGAGUGUUGCGCCUCCAGCCGUCUGUACACAGAACAAACAUGAUUGCUUAAUUUUGCACUGAGAGCGCCGAGGGGAGAGGAACUGGAAACCACUAUAAUGUGCCGAAAACGUUUUACAGGAGUCUGUUCAUGCUAUUUUAUUACUAAAAGGGAGUCGUUCAGUCUGAGUAUUACACUGUUAUUAGAAACCUAAACAUGGAGAGCUAUUAACACGCUUAAAUUGUUCUGCUGAGAUUAGCAAUGAAUUGUGUUUUAUGUCAAAUUUAAAAACAAUGUUAAUGAGCCGCAUUAUGUUCAAAUCAUAAUCAGCAAUAAAAUAAUAUUUUUUAAAUGCACUGUA